ACGUAAGUAUAUUGGAGCCCUGGGUGCUCGGGUGAUUUGUGACAACAUUCCCGGUUUGGUGAAUAAGCAGCGGCAGCUCUGCCAGCGACACCCGGACCUGAUGCAGUCCAUCAGCGAGGGAGCCGAAGAGUGGAUCAAGGAGUGCCAGCACCAGUUCAGACACCAUCGCUGGAACUGCAGCACGCUGGACCGAGACCACACUGUGUUUGGCAGGGUGAUGCUGCGAAGCAGCAGAGAAGCAGCAUUUGUCUACGCCAUCUCCUCAGCUGGAGUAGUCUACGCCAUCACCAGAGCCUGUAGUCAGGGGGACCUGAAGAUCUGCAACUGCGACAGCCACAAACGUGGGCAAGCAAGUGAUGACAAGGGCGUCUUUGACUGGGGUGGCUGCAGUGACAACGUUAACUAUGGCAUCAAGUUUGCCAAGGCCUUUGUCGACGCUCGAGAGAGGAUGGUGAAAGACGCUCGAGCACUGAUGAACCUGCACAACAACCGAUGUGGUCGAAUGGCAGUGAAGCGCUUUAUGAAGCUGGAGUGCAAGUGUCACGGGGUCAGUGGUUCCUGCUCUCUGAGAACCUGUUGGCUGGCUAUGUCUGACUUCAGGAGAACUGGGGACUAUCUUUGCAAGAAGUACAACACAGCCGUCGAAGUGACUAUGAACCAGGACGGGACCGGAUUUACAGUGGCUGACAUGGAUUUUAAGGGAACCACAAAAAAUGAAUUAGUGUACGUGGAGAACUCCCCAGAUUAUUGUGUCCUGGACCGAACAGCAGGAUCCCUGGGCACAGCUGGCAGAGUGUGCAAUAAGUCCUCCAGAGGCACAGACAGCUGUGAGGUCAUGUGCUGCGGACGAGGCUACGACACCAUGCGCGUCAAACGUGUCACCAAGUGUGAGUGCAAGUUCAAGUGGUGCUGCGCUGUGGAGUGCCAAGACUGUGAGGAAGUGGUGGACGUGCACACGUGCAAGCAUCACAAACGACCUGAUUGGCUGGACAUAACUUAG